AUGAGCGAAAUUGCCAACAAUGAAGGAGUAUCUGAAACUGAAAAGCCGGCUCAGAGUGAUGUAAAAUUCCCGCCUUUCCCUGAUCCUACAGAAAAUGAUUUUGAUGAAGAUGUAUCUGAAGAGGAACGUACCUUUUAUAAAAAUAAAUUUAAAGAUUUAAACGAUGUCAAACAUUGUCGGUUACAUUGCACUUCUUGUGACCGUCAUAUGGGAUGUUCAGCUCGCAAUGAACGUAUGCGAUCUCAUCCUUUGUUGCGUACCUUGGUGUGUAAUAGUUGUCACACUUUCUACAAUAGUGGAGAAUUUGAAAAAGGUGAUGAUGGAUCAGAACUAUACUGUCGUUGGUGCGGCCAAGGAGGACAAGUAUAUUGCUGCUCUGAUUGCCCUCAUGUCUUUUGUGCGAAAUGCAUCAAGCGUAACUUAGGUGUCCCCAAAAUUAAAGAAAUUGAGAAUGCAGAUGACUGGAGAUGUUUCAAAUGUAAUCCUGAGUGUUUGAGGGAUUUGCGUGCUAUAUGUUGGGCCGUCUUGCGAUACUGUGAUCUAAAGAACAAAAUAACACACUUAACUGAAGAUCCAGAUCUGAAAGCAGCAUAUCAGAAGGAAUGUGCAUUAGAUCUAUCAGAAUGUUGUAAACAUAAGACUAACAAGAGAAAUCAAAAACUUAAUGACUCUUUGAAUAAGAAGAAGGAUGUCAAAAAGGACACUAAUGCUAAAUUGGCUGCCACUAUUAUUUCUAAGAUGCCAGCAACUAUUCAGGUUAAAAAAUUUGCAUCUGUUAAUCCUGAUGAUUCAAUCAAAGUAGAAAAAAAAGCACAAAAGCGACCUGCAAGUCCAAAACUGAAGACACUUUUAGUCAAGAACCCUAUAUCAAUAGCAUCCUCUGUAAUUCCAAAGAUCUUAACUCCAGUUGCUGGUGUGCCACCGCUAGCGAAAAAAAUACGGCUACCAACAGCAAUAAAUUCAGUAAUAAAUUCUCCAAUAAAAUUUCAAAAUAUACGAGAAAGCAAAGCAAUGGCCACUUACACUCGGAUAAGGCCCAAAGUAACACCACAUUUACCUAUACCAAUUGCAAACAACUGCUUUAAUGGAUAUCCUCCAAAUCUAUAUCAUUGUAAUAAUCAAAUAAAUGACAACAUCAAUUUAUCAUUGGAAAGUUUAACACAGGGAUUAGACAUGGCAGCAGUAGCUGCAUUGUCCAACAAUAAUUCACAGGAUGACGAUGUUGUGUGCACACCUGAUUUUCCUCUGGAGCCACUAUGUGAGGUCACUGAAGAUAAUGAUGAUGAUGUUGAAUGCAUUACACCAGGCCCAAUUGCAGUUCCUAAAGUGACUAAUCCUCCUCCUUUGGUACCUCGUACAACACCUAAUAUAUCAGACGUCACUUCUGAAAAUAUAAUUCAAAUGACUGAAAACGAUGUCACUGUUAAUGAAUCAACUGGAGGUUUGAAAUUUAGGGUGGAUCCCCAAACUCUAUCAUCUAACAAAAUGUAUCGCUUACCUGACGGACGUAUAUUCGCUAUCAAUGCUAAUCCUAAUAUGCCUGGAGGAUAUUCUGCUACUAUUGUAGCCGUUACAGAAUCUAAUAAAACGGUGCCUAAAGGCGCAACCUUUGCAGCUAAACUUAGUUCCGUCUCUACUUCAACACCUGCUAAAAGUAAUAGUAACCAAGUGACCCGUUUUGUAAGUGCAAAACAACGUAACACUUUAAAGGUUACUAAAUCUACAAAAACGUCAGAAACCACGACUCGAGAAUGUGAUUUAAAUGUACCUGUUGAAUGGUACAGAUACAAUUUAAUUGACGCUGUUGACGCUUUGGAAUAUUCAUUGUCUAGGCUUCAAAAAUUAAAGACGGAAGCUACCUCUGUAUAUUUACGCACUAGAUCUGUAAAUGAAAUGCGAAACCUUCAUAGAACUUUAGAGCGAUUAUUAAACACGUCAUCUAGUAGAUUCAAUGAAAUUCGAGACAAUCUUAAUAAGGGGCUUAAACAGUAUGUACUAAAGAAAUCAGGUGGUGGUGGAACUAGUGAAGAAGAUGAUGAUGUAGAAAUAUUACCAGACAUAGAUGAUGAUCCAAUAUUUAUAGACGAAAAUUCAGUUGAGUCUAAUAUGAAUGGCAGUGAAAACCAAGAGGUUGAUCUAACUGGACCUGGAAGUAGUGAAUAUAAUGACAGUGGAGAAAACAGAAAUGAUAAUUUUUCUAAGGGGGAUAGGGAUCCUCUUAAUAUAUCAGGUGAUAGUGAGCGCGGUCUUAUAUUAAGUAUUCGACAUAGCACUGAAAACUUGGAAAAUACUAAAAGAAGAAAUAGAAAAACUAGCAAUUCGGAUGAUAAUAAAAUUAAUGGGAUUGAGAGUUCACGAAAAUAUAGUGAUGUGAAAAAUGCUAAGUCUCGUGAUAUUAAUAAAUUAACAGAAGAACAUCAAAAUGCAGAUGAUACUACUAUUUUCCGGAUGACGAAUGAUAAGGCUGAUAAACAAAUAAGUAAUGACGAUAUGAACGAGUUUGUAAGUAAAAUGCAAGAUCCUGCUGAUAAAGUUCUAGAUUCGGACACUAAACUUGAAAUUUUGGAAGAUAAAUUUCAUAAGUCUGAUAAAACACACCAAGACUCUGAUGAUAGAGUGCAAAAUAUUGAUGAUAAAAUACAAGAUAUUGUUAAUAAAGUGCAAGAUUCUGACCAUAAACAGCAAAGUACCGAUAAAAUUUUAGAUGUCGUUAUUAGUGAGGAAAUCAGUAAUGGAAAAAUUAAAAGUCCUCAGGGCAGACUGGAGGAUUCUAAUGAUAAAAUGGAGUAUUCUAAUGGUAGAAUAAAAGAAUCUGACAGUAAAACGGGUGAUGCUAAGGAUACAACACAAGAUAGUGAGGACAAAACUCAAGAUAAUGAUGACAAAAUUCAACAAUCAGAAAUAAGCGAGGAGCUGAUAGAAACUUUGUUAAAAGAUGAUUCACAGGAUAGUGCCACAACAAAUUCAGAAGUUCCGAAACCGUUAUCAGUAACAUAA